UCUGGCCCCGUCAAGCCCUAAUGGCGGCCAGGCUGGCAGGAGGAGGACGGGAGAAGUUUCCGAAAAUCGCCUCAAAAACCGACUCCCACCCCCCACAAUGACGGUCUGAGGCGCGGGAUUUAUACACGAAGGCUUGAAGUUUCCGAAUAUAUCCAAGAUGGACGUGCUGGACGGCGAGACGGUGUAUAAUUCACAUGAUGAAAGCCACGUCGUCAUGUCGGAGAAGGUGCAGUCAAUGGCGGGGUCGAUCUACCAGGAAUUCGAGAGGAUGAUUUCCCGCUACGACGAGGACGUGGUCAAGGACUUAAUGCCGCUCGUCGUCAACAUCCUCGAGUGUCUUGACCUCGCUUACACGGAGAACCAGGAGCACGAGGUGGAGGUUGAGCUGCUGCGCGAGGACAACGAGCAGCUGGUGACACAGUAUGAACGCGAGAAGCAGCUGCGCAAGGCCUCAGAGCAGAAACUGCUGGAGCUUGAGGAUGGCAUGGAGGAGGAGAAGAAGAAGUGCCAGUCCAGGGUGGAGACACUGGAAUCCAUCGUCCGCAUGCUGGAACUCAAGAACAGAAACUCAUCGGACCAUGCCACCCGAAUGGAGGACAAAUCGGAGGAGAUCAAGAAGGAAUACGGGAAAUUGCACGACCGCUACACGGAACUCUUUAAGACACACAUGGACUACAUGGAACGGACCAAAAUUUUAAUGGGGACGGACCGCCUGGACCAGCUGGGGGGCGCACGGGGGAGGAUACCCGGGUUCAGUCUGGGCAAUCUGAACAGCCUUCCUUACAGAUCAUCAGGACCUGUAUCAUUUGGGUUCAGCUCCUUUGACCCCAACAAGUCCAUGACCUCGCCUGUGGACAUGACCGGGUCUGCCAACGGGUCAGUCCAGGUCACCUCCCUUAGGAAUGAACUGCAGGAGGCGCAGGUCGGCCCAGACACCCCAGUAGUGCACACCGACAAAGGUCAGCUGACAGAUACUAUUGAACAGGCCGACCGGGAGACUGCAACAAAGGGUGGAUGGGUGGAUGGCUUCAGCCCCGAGAGUGAAGUUGUGUCGUCCCCGGAGAUGGAGGACCUUGAAGACAUAUCCAUGGACACCAGCUUAGGCCCACACCACAUCCCCCCCGGCAAGAUGGCGCGCCCCACCACCACACAGCAGAAAGAGGAGCGCACUGGCAACACCCUAUACCAGGAGAUCCACUUCCAGGAGCCUGACGCGCUUGCCGAGAUGGACGAGGGUGCCGAUAUUACAGACAGUGGGAGCGAGGAGGGGGGCCCCGCCUCCCCCCCCUAUGCGGUUACAGACAACUUCUUUGGGAUGGGCAAGGAAGUGGAGAACCUCAUCAUGGAGAACAACGAACUCCUGGCCACCAAGAAUGCCCUUAACAUAGUGAAGGACGACCUCAUUGCUAAAGUAGAUGAACUAACAAGUGAGCAGGAGAUCCUUCGCGAGGAGAUCAAGUCCCUCAACGCUGUCAAGUCUCGGCUGCGUUUGAGGAUCGCCGAGUUGGAGGACGAGGUCAAGCGGGUCAAGGAGGAGGCGGAGAAGGCGGCCAAGGCGGGCAAGAGCGAUGACGAGGAGGAUGUCCCCAUGGCCCAGCGCAAGCGGUUCACCCGUGUCGAGAUGGCCCGUGUCUUGAUGGAGCGAAACCAGUACAAGGAACGCUUCAUGGAGCUGCAGGAGGCCGUGCGCUGGACCGAGAUGAUCCGGGCCACGCGCACCGACCCAGCCACCGACAAGAAGAACAAGCAGACCAUUUGGAAGUUCUUCAGCAACCUUUUCAGCACCUCAGAGAAACCCCAGAGGAAACCACUCCCUUACGGCAAUGUGCGGUACAACGCCCCCGCACACCAGGUCACCCCCGCCCUGGACACCAUGCGCCGGCGGAACCUCUCGGACCACAGGCGGAAGGGGCUCGAGAUAUUUGACGCAGGCUUGGAGGAGGAAGAAUCCGAAACACACACAGAAACGCACACACACACACCCUCACACACCCCACCAGCGGACACAUCCCCUACCUCUUCCUCCCCUCCUCCUCCCUCCUCCUCCUCCUCCUUCCUCUUCCUCAACCUGCUGCCACACCCCCACAGCUCCUCCGAGAAGUUGCAGCAGCGGCGGGCAACCGAGAGAAGGGAGCAGUACAAGCAGGUCCGAGCUCAUGUGAAGAAGGAUGACGGGCGGAUGCAAGCGUACGGGUGGAGUCUUCCGGCCAAAACGGGGCAGAGGGCGAUCGAGGGAGGCCCGGCCGCCGCUCCAGCCGCCGCCACAGCCGCCAGUCAGCCGCCAAGGGCCUCGGCGGCUGCCUCGUCCCAUAUUCCAGUGCCAGUCCCGGUGUACUGUCGCCCGCUGAUGGAGAAAGAGCCAGGCAUGAAGAUCUGGUGUGCGGCGGGCGUCAACCUCACAGGGGGGCGCACCAGGGAUGGCGGCAACAUUGUGGGCGCCAGCGUCUUCUACUCCGGCGAGACCGAGACCACGCAUGUCAGGCCUAGUGAUGAAAUAGACCGCUUAGACCAGGAGCUGAAGGAGGGAGAGAGGGAGAGGCGCGAGGGAGAGCUACUGGAGCAGAGCCUGUCAUCGCUGGUCUGGAUUUGCACGUCAACGCACUCCAUCAGCAAGGUGACGGUCAUUGACGCAAACAACCCAGCAGACAUUCUAGAGUCAUUCCACGUCUGUUCCUCGCAUCUGCUGUGUAUCGCCAGUGUCCCAGGGGCAAAAGAGAGCGAUUACGAGGUUGACGACGACAUCAACAAGGCAUCGGAGGAGAGCCUAAACAACAACUCCUCCACCACCAACACCACCACCACCACCACCACCAAAGCAGAAGAAGAAGAGGAAGCACCAGGAGGAGGAGGAGGAGGAGGGGAAGGGAAGGCAGAGGAAAACCCUUCAAUGGGAACGCUCUCCUUUAUCAGCUGUGCCGCGGGGAGUGGGAUCACAACACAAUCCCCGACCGCCCCCGAUUCUCCCGAUAAGGAAACGGAAGAGAUUAAACCGGUCUUGAGGAGAGAGACCAUCAGCUGUACAGACCCAGACCAGGAUGCAGACCACGCCGGGGUGAUGGGGGGCGAGGAAGAGGAGGACACCCCCCCUCGACGGCUGCUCCGGGAACCCCAGGGACUCGUCAAGGAUGGGGUGGAGGAAGCACAGCCCACGGAGGAAUCCAGCAACGUGGUCACCGAGGAGGUUGAGAAGAUGUCAUCCGUGCUGUCAACCAUGUGGCUUGGCUCCCAGAGUGGCUCCAUCUAUGUCCACUCCGCUGUCCGCCACUGGAAACGCUGCCUGCACUCCAUCAAGCUGAAGGAUUCUGUGCUUUCCAUAGUGCACAUCAAGGGUCGCGUGUUGGCAGCCCUUGCAGACGGUACGGUUGCCAUCUUCCAGCGGCGCGGCGACGGACAAUGGGACCUCAACAACUACCACCUGUUAGACCUUGGGAAGCCACACCACUCCAUCCGCUGCAUGCAGGUGGUCCACGGCAGGGUCUGGUGCGGAUACAGGAACAAGAUUCAUGUGGUGGACCCCAAACACAUGACCAUAGAGAAAUCGUUCGACGCACACCCGCGCAAGGAGUCCCAGGUGCGACAGAUGGCCUGGCUGGGUGACGGAGUGUGGGUGAGCAUCCGCCUGGACUCCACGUUGCGGCUGUACCACGCACACACCCACCAGCACCUCCAGGAUGUUGACAUUGAACCCUAUGUGUCCAAGAUGCUGGGCACGGGCAAGCUUGGGUUCUCCUUCGUGCGGAUAACGGCACUUCUGAUCUCAUCGCACCGGCUCUGGAUUGGCACUGGGAAUGGGGUCAUCAUAUCAGUGCCGCUGUCGGAGAGCGCCAACCCUCGCCCGAACCAACCGAACGACCCCAACACAACCGCCUCUACCGCCCCCGCCACCGCCGCCCCCGCCCCCCCAGCCCAGCCACAGGGGGGGAGCAAGCCUGGGGGCGUCAUACGGGUCUACACGGACAGCCGGGAUCAGCUGACGCCCGGCUCGUUCGCACCCUACUGCUCUAUGGCCCAGGCGCAGUUGUCUUUCCACGGACAUCGCGACGCUGUGAAGUUCUUCGUUGCCGUUCCAGGCUCAGGGGGGUAUAACGCCCUUACAGCUGCGCCGGCCGCCUCCGCACUGAGGGCCAUCGCCGGGAGGGACGGAGAGGACGGUGCCAGUGAAGGGAGGCAAGAUGGACAACUCCGACCUAAGAGUAUGCUGGUGAUAUCGGGCGGGGAAGGAUACAUUGACUUCAGGAUCGCUGACGAGCGCGAGGAAGACCGGGACACUGCAAGCCAUCUCCUGGUCUGGCACAUUCCCUUAGAAGACAACCUCUCCUCCCUACACUCCUCCUCCUCCUCUCUUCCUCCCGACCCUCCUCCUCCUCCUCCUCCCACUCCUCCACCUCCUCCCAACUCCACCCCCACCACUGCGGAAGAGGAGGCGUAGCAGAGGGAGGAAGCAGCGGAUGAAGCGGAAGAAGCGGAGGGAGAUAUUUCCGGGUGAAGGUGAGGAUGAUGGGGCGGCCCCGGACCCCGCGGCUGAGUCCCUGAGCCGGGGCGAUAGGUCACACCUCAUCGUAUGGUCUGUCGCACGCCCCCCGUUCUGAAUGCCCCGCCCCGCCCCGGAACACCCCCAGGACCCCAAACUUACUGUCCUGAUGGGUUGAAGUCUGCCCCGAAACCCCCCCGGAUUGGCGUCUCAUCUCGCCCCGCCCCAGGACAGCCCCAAGAUUGAACCUGUCCCUGAAAUACCCCGGAUUGGCCUGCCCCGUGAUGCCCCGCCCACUACUACAAUGCUUUAUAUAGCUUCUCAACGCCCCGCCCUGCCCCGCCCCGCCCCGAGCUUCUCAAGAUGACGUGGGGUGGAGUUUCGCCUCGCCCCAAACUCCCCCGGACGCCCUCGAACGCCCCGCCCCGCAGAGCAGCAGUACACAGCCCCGCCCCGCCCCAAGAAGCUUUAGGCCUAUGACUCGGAAGUGUUUUUUUAUGUUCAUUGCUUCCUUUUUUCUUGUUUUAAUAUAUAUAUUUUUUUUCUUCCUCUUCUUCCUCUUCUUCCUCCUCCUCCUCCUCCUCCUCCUCCUCCUCCUCCUCCUCCUCCUCCUCCUCCUCCCUUUCUCUUUAUCAUUUAUUUUUGUGUGUGUGUUUUUUAGGGAGAGAGAGAGAGAGAGAGAGAGAGAGAGAGAGAGAGAGAGAGAGAGAGAGAGAGAGGCCACACUGUUUGUAUAUAAUCAACGUUUUUUUAGUCAUAUUAAUAUUCUCAAACACACAUACACACACACACACACAAGUUACUGACAGCUUUAUAUAUAUAUAUGUGUGUGUGUGUGUACGUAUGUGUGUGUACACGUGUGUGUGUGUGUGUAUGUGUGUGUGUGUGUGUGUUUUAGGCUCAGAGGACUCUAGCAGAAUUUUCUUAAACUAUCUGUAUUUAUAUAUAUUUAUGUACGUUUUUGUGUGUGUGUGUGUGUGUGUGUGUGUGUGUGUGCGUGCGUGCGUGCGUGCGUGCGUGUGCGUGUUACCGACUGACCGACCGACCGAUUUUAUUUAUGCAUUUCCAAACGCGAUUUUACGGACAAUAUGUUUUCACCUCCGUUUGGAAAUGUCCGAGAAAGUCUUAUUUAGAAAGUCCAUGCGAGGACUCUAAACAUUAAUAUAUAUACAUUCAGGGAUUUCUUUAUCUAGAUUAUUAUUAACAGUAUAAGGAAGGAAGGAGAAGGACGGAAAGAGAGAAAGAGAGAGAGAGAGAGAGAGAGAGAGAGAGAAGGAAGAAAAAGAUUAAAAUAUAGAUCACUUACAGCUGUGUUGACCGGCUAACUCUCUCCUCCUAUAUAUGUUUACUUAUUUCAGUUGUUUACGUAUCUCAAAAUAGUCAAAUGAGAGUCCAUUGUGUUUUAUAGAAGCUGUAUUGACUGGCUAACUCUCUCCUCCUAUCUAUAUUCAUCUAUUUAAGUUUGUUUACAUAUCUCAAAAUAGUCAAAUGAGAGUCUAUUGAGUAUUAUAGAAGCUGUAUUGACUGGCUAACUCUCUCCUCCUAUCUAUAUUCAUCUAUUUCAGUUUGUUUACGUAUCUCAAAAUAGUCAAAUGAGAGUCUGUUGAGUUUUAUAGAAGCUGUAUUGACUGGGUAACUCUCUCCUCCUAUCCAUAUUCAUCUAUUUAAGUUUGUUUACGUAUCUCAAAAUAGUCAAAUGAGAGUCCACUGUGUUUUAUAGAAGCUGUAUUGACUGGCUAACUCUCUCCUCCUAUCUAUAUUCAUUUAUUUCAGUUGUUUAUGUAUCUCAGAAUAGUCAAAUGAGAGUCCAUUGUGUUUUAUAGAAGCUGUAUUGACUGGCUAACCCUCUCCUCCUAUCUAUAUUCAUUUAUUUCAGUUGUUUAUGUAUCUCAAAAUAGUCAAAUGAGAGUCCAUUGAGUUUUUUAGAAGCUGUAUUGACUGGGUAACUCUCCUAUAUAUAUUUACUUAUUUCAGUUUGUUUAUGUAUCUCAGAAUAGUCAAAUGAGAGUCCACUGUAUUUAUAGAAGCUGUAUUGACUGCCUAACUCUCUCCCCCUAUCUAUACUUAUUUAUUUAUAUAGGGACGUUUAGCCAGAAGGACCCAGAUAUAAGUUUGUUUACAUAGGUUUAAAGAGUCAAAUGAGAGUCAAUAGAUUGUUAAGGAAGCUGUUUUGAUUACUGCAUUUGACGGCUUAUAUCAGCCUGCGUCUUAUGAGGUCAAGGUUCAGCUUAACCUCAUACCCUUAUACCCCGUCAGGCACGAUCGCGGCUUUUAUGCUAGACCCCAUCACACCACGAUCAUGGCGCUCUUCAAAUAUCGCGCUCAUUUUACGACACACAGUUUGUUUAUGUUUGAGGCUAUGCGUCAUUCAUCAAGCCCUGUCAUUGGCCCUUUGUUUCGAACAUGGUGGAUGCUUAGCCAAUCACGUCCCAGCUUUUACAAGGAUUUGCUUAGGUUGUUGUCAGGCUCCAGAUAUGCCCGCGGUGAGUACACGGUCGCAAUGUGUGCUGUGUGUUAUCAUUUCUUUACCCAUUUCUAGGCAAGACAGUAGAUAUGUAUUUACUUCCAUGAGUAAAUAAGUAUUUCAGGCACACGGUACGAUACAUGACGAUACGUGAGAAUUGCUUUUUGUCUUGUUAUUGACCUGGAUAAGGGCGGAGUGUGCCACGAGGGUGAUGCCAGAUGACGAGUGUGACUUGACACUGGUGGUUUCCCAUGUAGAGGAAUAUAUAAGUUCCAUUUGUUCAUUUAUCAUUAUACCGCAGCAAAGAGCAACUUGUAAGCUUUCAAAUGAUAUAUAAUUGUCCCAGUGUUUGUUACAAUAAUUUGAGUGACCACUACGGUAACAAGGGAACACCUACUCACCCGUUUUUUAUGUACGUAACUUAAAACCACCCUCUCAUUUUAUCACGGGGUAUAAGGGUUAAAUUAAUCUGCAACAAACCUCCUCGCAAACGUAAACAAGGUGCCGAUCGCUCCCACACCAAGAACGGCAGCUCAUUUCUACAGUAACGACGCAUGACAGUGGUAUUUCCCGCUACGUCAUAAAGGGUAACACCAGGCAGGAAGGACGUUAAGUGCCGACGCUUAACCGAAAUUGACCUCUCUUUCGGCCACCUCUUUGGAUUCUUUUUAGGAGCAGCGAGUAGCGGGCUUUUUUUUUAUUAUGGUUUCCUUUUUUUGUGCCCUUGAGCUGCCUCCUUUGUUGUAAAAUAUAAAUAUAAAAAAGAAGAAAAGCCAGCUGUACCCAAAACCAGACCACACACGCAAGACGCACUUCCUUCCGUUUUAAAAGCGUACAAAACAUUCGGAGUUUUAAUACGACAUAGAGAAUUAAUUAAACACAUUUCCACACCUCAUUAUGCCAUAGAAACGUACUUAAAUAUUACUACAACAACAACAACAACUAUUAGAAUGUGGAUUAGCCGGGCGCUGCGUUGUAUGAUCCGUCAAAUCCAUUACCUUAAUAUUUCCUGUGAUUUUUAUUAAAGUUAUUGACGAUGGGAAAGACCGAGAGAGAGAGAGUGUGUGUGUGUGUGUGUGUGUGUGUGUGUGUGAGAGAGAGAGAAAGCAUAUAUAUAUUUAACUUUCUCUAACUUUUAUUUAUAUAGAUUUUUUAGAGAACUGUAAUAUAAUGUUUAUCUUAUUAUUUUUUUCUUUAUUUUCUCUCCAAUUCCUCCAUUCUUUCCCUUCUUCCUCCUCUCUCUCUCUUUCUCCCUCUCUCCUCCCUUCUUCUCUCUCCCUUCCUUCCUUCCUUCCUUCCUCCUUCCUUCCUUCCAUUCCAGUUCUUAUAAGGCAUUCAAUUCUCUCUCCAUCCCUCUCUUUCUCCUCCUUUCCUUCCUUCCUUCCUUCCCUCCCUCCCUCCUUCCCUCCCUUCCAUCCUUCCCUCCUUCCUUCCCUCCCUUCCAUCCUUCCCUCCUUCCUUCCGUUCCAAAACCGUCGCUCAAAACGUGGGGUUGAAUCCUCCUUGAAAAUCCCUUCCAAAUCGACCAUAGUGAGAUUGUAAACAACUAUCAUAAUUAUUAUUAUUAUUAUUAUUAUUAUUAUUAUGAUGAUGAUGAUUGUUAUAUUGUUUUCUAUAGGCCUAUGGAUAGCUUAGCCCAGCCUGUUGUAUGUAUUUUUAUAGCCUGUGUUCAAUGAUUCUUCUAAGCGUACAUACUAUACCAAGAGCUAAUAUAUUGACGCACACACACACACACACACAUGUACACACACAGACGCACAUAUGCAUUUACGCACAUACACACACACACAGAAGCACAUACUCAUAUGCGCACACACAGUUAUUUUUCUUCUUCUACUACUACUACUACUACUACUACUACUACUACUACUACUACUACUACUACUACUACUACUACUACUACUACUACUACUACUACUUCUACCACCACCACCACCACACACACACACAGACACUAUAACUCCUAGCACCAAAGCAUUGACCUGUAAGCUGUUUUAUGUAUAGAAAUGUAAUUAUAACUAUUACUAUUA